GGCAGGUCACGUGACGGUCAAUGUGCGGAGCGCCUCUCGCCUUCUUGCCGGAUGGGCGCAGCGGGUGGAUGGGCGCUGUGUGCGGCUGCAGAGGCCGAUGUGUGCGGGGCAGCAGGUCGCGCCUGUGUAUCGCUGGCACAGCAGCUGUGCUCGUCACAUACCACCUGACCUACCACCUCCUGUGCUGUGCACUGCCCCCGGGACUGACCAUGGACCAGAGCCGCGGUCCGUGGAGUGAAAAUAUAUUGGACUGUUUCCGGAGGAAGGAUCUGAUAAAAGCCAAAGAUGGGAUAGAAAUAGUAUGGGAGCAUGCAGCAAACAGCAAGGAGAAGUUACAUCAGGCCCUGCAGAGUGAUGCUCAUAUGAUCGAGGCCGACAUUCUGCUUCGAGGAACUGGAGAUAGAGAACCCAUAAUGGCUCAUCCUCCUGCAACUGACAGUGACAUAAAUCUACGGGACUGGCUGGCCAAAGUGUCUACGUCUAAUAAAGGCAUUAAGCUUGAUUUCAAAAGUUUGGAAGCUGUUCUACCUUCUAUGAAAAUCUUGGAUACAAUGAAGGAUAAUCUCCAUCAACCAGUUUGGAUAAAUGCGGACAUACUAACUGGGCCUGGUGGAAAUGUCAGCGUGGAUGCAACAGAAUUCCUUCAGGUUGUUACCUCCUUCUUCUCAGAUGUUACGUUGUCUUUGGGCUGGACAACUGCUUGGCACCCAGACAAACCUAAUGAAGGCUAUAACUGGGAGAUGGUGAGAGAAAUGGAGAAUAUCUGUAAAAAUCUGAGCCAACCUGUGACAUUCCCAGUCAGAGCCGCCUUAGUGCGACAAUCAUGGCCUCAACUACAAUGGUUGCUGCAGUCAUCAGAUAGGUACAGCCUCACUGUCUGGUCAGGAAAGGAUGAUAUCUACCCCGUAGAGGACCUGCUCUACAUUCGAGAACAUACAGGAGAAGAUCGGAUAUUUUAUGAUGUGUUCGAACCUCAAAAUAGUGAACUGAAGCUGGUUGUAAGACAGAAGGAACAAGCAAAUAAGCAAUAGUGGAAACAGCAAUAGUGGAGCUCAUCUCAUCACAAACUAACAGGAAUGAUGCAUUAAAUGGGUGGUCCCCUCUAUACACUGCCUUUUUAUUAAGCCCCUUUUUUAGGUGAAGUCUGUUCACUGGUCUUUACCUGCAACUCUUGAUCUGUCAUGAGGAUAAGGAGUGACUUUGAAUCUUGUAUAUUUACUUGUAUUCUGGGGUCUUUCACCCCCUGUUCUUUAAUAUCUUAGGGGUUCAGGAUUUACAGCUGCCAGCUGAAAAGACAUUUAAUAAACAGUAAUGUAUAUUGCAACUUAAUUCUUUUGGGGCAGAUUAACCAAUCUAAAUGCACCAGAACUCAACACCAUAAACUGACCACUACAUCCUUAGUAUAUGCUUUAGAUACUUUUUCCCACUUCACUGGACUUUUUGAAAGUUUCUAAAGAAGGGGGGGGGGGGAGGGGGCUUGGCUGUAUGCACCACAUUUUUUUAAUAGCAUGCUUCACUUUUGUGGUGCAAAAAAUUGUACUAAAUAAAUGCAGCCGAGAGGCAGCACAAGGAGAACAGGGACAGCAUGGUCUACUGCCUAACUCAUCAGCACUCAGGGAGGAAGAGGAGUCAUGCAGCGGGAGGACACACCCCCUCCAAAGCACAGAAUGACAAAGCCAGUGAGCAACUGAUAGAAGGUAUUUGUGAGAAAAAUAUAGGUGCUAGAUAAUAUUUUUUUGUGGAAUAUGACAUGUACGCUUUAAGGGCCUGUCAGGUUUGGGUAUGUCUUUCAUGUUUAGCUAAUAGAGUGGUCCCAGGCUGAGCAGGCUAUAGGAUAGAUAAUAAGAUGUCAGAUGACACCUUCAAAUAUAGAAAAUAAAAUAUAUUCAACCUUUCCA